AUGCCUGGAGUAACUGUAAAAGAUGUCAACCAGCAGGAAUUUGUACGGGCUCUUGCAGCCUUUCUCAAAAAGUCGGGUAAACUGAAAGUUCCUGAAUGGGUGGACACAGUGAAGCUGGCCAAGCAUAAAGAGUUGGCUCCCUAUGAUGAGAACUGGUUUUAUACCAGAGCUGCGUCCACAGCCCGCCAUCUGUAUCUCCGGGGCGGUGCCGGCGUGGGCUCCAUGACCAAGAUCUACGGGGGCCGUCAGCGCAACGGCGUGAUGCCCAGUCACUUCAGCCGGGGCUCCAAGAGCGUUGCCAGGCGGGUGCUCCAAGCCCUGGAAGGGCUCAAAAUGGUGGAGAAGGACCACGAUGGAGGUCGCAAACUUACUCCUCAGGGGCAGAGGGAUCUGGACAGGAUUGCUGGACAGGUGGCAGCGGCAAGCAAGAAGCAUUAA